CGGUUAAUAGAUUUAUUUUUUAAUUUGUACUAUUUCAUAACUGUCGAUAUCUUUGUAUUUUAUCUUCAGCAUGCUGCAUUUCUGGCCCUGCUUCCUCUUGUGAGGCAACGAAUAAUUGAUGGGUUCAAUGAAAAGGCUCGUGAUAUGUUUCAAAGGGAGUUCGAUUUCUUUGACAAGGUUACAUCUAUAUCUGGCGCACUCUAUCCACUUCCCAAGGAGGAGAGAAGAGCUGGCAUUCGGAGGGAGCUGGAGAAAAUUGAGAUGCAAGGAGAUGAUCUCUAUCUACCUACAGCUCCUAAUAAAAUCGUGAAAGGGAUUCAGUUUGAUAGGGGAAUUCCCUUGCAAUCAGCUGCCAAGGUUCCUAUUAUGAUCACAUUUAACGUUGCAGAUCGAGAUGGCGAUCAAAAUGACAUAAAACCCCAAGCUUGUAUAUUCAAGGUAAGAUUAGGGGAUACAAGU